UCAGCCUGUUGAUUUGACGUGCAUGUAGGAUAGUUGAUCUGACUUGCAUGCAGGAUGGGUGGACCGGAUACGCGUUGUGCGCCCAGUGAGUUAGGAAAAAAAAUGCUGCUACACACGACAUAUGUUGGACGAUUUGCAGACGACGGUACACAUCAAGCCGUCCAUGCGUCAGGUAAAAUUUGACAGGGCCGCUCAAUCCUGCAUCGUGCAUAGUUCGGCUGGCGCCCGUCGUCGUCCGCCCCGUAGUUUCGUAGACAAAAUCCACUUCCCACGAUCGCCAUGUAAGCUGAGCUAGGUACGGCCAUACUGCCCAUACGCCUUCCAUCCAUGGGAAAGGCCCAUGCAACUUUCCGAGGAGAAAUAAUCCAAGUAUUAUCAUCCUCUUGGGAAAUGAAAAGAUCGACACCAUAGAGACUCUUCGCACAAAGCCUUCAAUUUAGCCGCUUCAAAUUCCACCCAGCCAUUUAAUUGUGCUGUUACCGAUGCCACGCAACGCAGCCAAGCCUUGAGGCUGUGGAGUACUUAAAGAUCCAUCUGGCUCAGGAGAUAGAACCUACAACAUCCACAAAUAAAACAUACUUUUGAUCGACCAUGUCGAGCGAUGGCGGACCAACAGUAGCUGUGAAGAUGUUCGUCGACAAGGAGAAGAAAAGGGUGCUGUUCGCAGAAUCCGACAAGGAGUUCGUCGACGUCCUCUUCAGCUUCCUCACGCUGCCUCUCGGCACGAUCGUUCGUCUUCUUGGCAAGCAGUCUCAGAUAGGGUGCCUUGAUGAACUGUACAGGAGUGUGGAGAGUCUCAAUCAAGAUCACUUCCAAACCAUGGAAUGCAAGGCCAUGCUUCUUAGUCCUGUCAAUGCUGCGGCAUUCCACUUGGAUCGGCUCAAGGUAAAAUUUGACGAUACCAAUCAAAGUGGAUUUUACACUUGCGCACCACACAGGCAGUUUAGCUCUGUACCACCUGGUUGCAAACAUGGCUGCUCGUCAAGCUUCUGGAAAUGUCCACCGCAUCUUCUUGCUGCUGUUCGAGACUAUGGGGAUGGGGUGUUUGUCAAACAUGGUCCGAAGUACAUCGUCACUGAUGAUCUCCAUGUGGCUCCUGCUUCUACAAGACUUGUCUUUUCCCUGCUCGACAGGUUUGGGCUACAAGAUCAAGCCAAGCUUGAGGAGAAAAUUCUUGAACUGAAUGCCAAGAAAAUAAUUAGGUUGCUUAAGAACGUACUGAUCUCCAAGCAACCCUUGACUGCACUAUGUUUUGACGUCUGCCUCUCAGUCCCACUGACAAAAUAUUUGGAUCAGUUACCUGAAAAUCUGUUUCCCAAAGAAGCCAGUGAGGAUAGUAAGCCCGUGCUCAGCGCAGUCGAAAUAACGCUCGUCCAUACGAAGGACAAGGCAUCGGUGUUGUAUGCCGAAGUCGGAGGGGAUUUUCUUGAUCUUCUCUUCGGGUUGCUUUGCGUUCCACUUGGAUCCAUAAUCAAGACAUACGGUCAAUGGUCACAAAACGGGUCCAUCGAUGGUCUUUAUAGAAAUAUUGACGAGAGCGCAAGAACAUGGAUGAAACAAGAAUGCCAAACGGUACUUCUAGCUCCCAAGUUGGCACCCUUCUUUGGUUGCAGCAGCAAUGUACUACAAACAGAAGAGAUGAGCCCAAGAAGUCUGGCCAUCACAUGCUUCAACUGUCAUGCAGUUAAAGUUGCAUACGGCCGAACCGGUUGCAGUUGCAGGUACCCUACGGAGGUAACUGUCACGGAAUCGAACCCGAAGUUCCAAGGCAUAGGAAUUGUCAGCACAGCAUAUGUCAAGGGAGGGCUCAGAAAGUUCCUGGUGACGAGUGACCUGCGCGUCCUCGAUUUCACCAUGACCAACACUCUGCAAGUCAUGAGCGCAGCUAGGAUUCCGAAGGAGAAGCUUGUGGAGAAAGAUCUCACUCUCGACAAAGCCCAGGUUCUGAAGCUGCUAAGGGCUGCAAUGCUGACUCGCGACGCCCUCACCAGCUUGCUCCUGCCUCACAAGAAGUAGCGCAUCACCUGCACCGCGGGGCCUCCUGAUCUGAAGCCAGAAUAUGCGAUCGAUGAAGAUACCAUCACCAGUCUAGUUUACUAAUACUGUUCCGUAUAUGAAUAAUGUUGGAACUGCCUCGUACCUCUUUGCUCUUGGUAUCAUGUCUCGAAUGAAUAGAAGAGCCACUUGCUGCGGUGUGCGCGGGACCUGCUUUA